UUACCGCGACGCUUACACUUUCCGCUUUACGCUUUACGCCCCCGCCACCGUACAUCGCGCGCCCACGCCGCCAGGAAGGGAAGAGACAUGGUGGGGAGGAGACCAUCGCACCAAGAGGCCCAAAAUCUGGCCAUACAUACCGAUUUCAGACGUCGAAGCAAAGGCAAAGGCAUCGCCAGCGACCAUGGCACCCAGCAUACCACACCGCGGCCGGCCCGCCCACGCUCGACCUCCAUGACCUCGACGUGCGACGGCGACGACGCCGAAGACGAAGAAGACCAAAUCCACACACAUCUUUCCGCGAGCUCUGCAGGGAACACUGAUAUAUCUAGCGCAUCAGCCAUGUCUGCUCAAUCCACAGCCCAAACCUCCAAUAUGGCCGACGACGACGAUGAUGACACUCGCUCACACCUUUCGCCCCACGCACAUCCCACCCUCACCGUCCUUGAACUUGUGACCAACACCGCGUCCGCUUCUGCCCUGCCCAAUUCCUUCGACUUCAACGUGAGCAGGAAAGGCAACUUCGUGGCCGUCUAUUCCGCGAGCAACAUAUGGUUGAUCAAGACAGUGCAACUACCGAGACUGUGGGCCAGGACAUUGCAGGUAAAACGCAAACCCGUCGCUGUCGACGUGACCGAGGAUGGCUUUUUGCUGGCCGUCUUGAGCAAGCCCACGCAGGUGGAUGUGUACGAGAUUCACAAUCAGGGCCAAGAUCGGCCGAUCAAGAAGAGAAGGACCCUCUUGUUGGCGCACGAAGCCAAAACCGUUGCCAUCUCGCCUGACGGUCUGAUCUUGAUUGCCGGCAAUACAAUUGGAAUCGAAGUACUUGAGAUUGGGCCCGAUGCUCCAGAGACGUCUCGGCGCACGCUUUCCGGACCGGUUGGCGACAUUCUCGAAUUUUCGGAUUGUGGUCGUACGCUACUCAUCACGAGCCAUGCGCGCAAGUCCGCGAGCUCAUCGCUCUACGUGUUGCCUGGGCUGUACGACGGCCCCUUUGACGACGAGGGAGUGCCCAUACAGCAGGCACCGGCGACUGUCUGGACUGGUUCGGUGCUUUUCCCAGAGACGGCAAAAAUUGCUCGGCAGGCAACUCUGAUUCCGGACACUGAGACUGGCCAGGUUAAUGAAUUGUUUGCUUUUAACGCGCAGGAAGAUACAUGGGGUGUUUACGAUAUCGGGAAUCAGCGCUUUACGCAACGCAAAAUGUUUUUGCCAGAUCAACAGCGGUGGACGCGGUCCGAGUUCCUUGACGAUGCCAUGCCCGCGGUGUCGCCGAAUGCCGACCUAGCAGCGGUCGCACUGAGGAUGCGCGGGACUACAAGCAUAUGGAUCUACCAGGUGCCGGCAUGGGAUUAUAGGACAAACAGCAAAUCAGAUCAGUCUCCCAUCCAGCCUUGUUUUUGCAUACCCAUCGUCAACGAUGGCUCCGACUCGGUGCAAGAGCUGUGUACUCUUCGCUGGGUCGCUGUGGAUGCUCAAGUGCAGCGCCUUGUCGCUGUUGGAAACUCGAGCAACGCUACAAUGGAGGAAGUACCCGGAGCACCAGCAGGAUCUAAAGGAGUUGUACUAGUCUUGGACUUUGACAAAUCGAAGCCUACAAACAGUCCAAUCCCUACGCCUACCAAGAUUGUGUACGAUCUGGAUCCGCUAUGUCCAGGAGAUCUGCUACCAGAGGGUUCCAUCGACUUCGAGCGAGAGGUGGAGCUCGUGAGGCGGAGAACAAUGGCACAGAGCAGAGCGCUGCCGGACACGCGGGGACACGCAAGAGCAGAUUCCACACCAAGCCAUUCUGGAACGAGGAUAUCACGUAGACGUGAACCGCAACCACAACCACCAAUCGUGUCUGUUGGUGCAUCUGGGGCCGACGAAGAGGAGUUGACGGCCGAAGAAGUACAGGCCGCUUUUGAGGUGCCUUACGAUAUGCAACAACCGAGAUCGCAAGUAUCGCUGCUGAGAGCAGCUACUGUGGCUGCUGUGUCGCCGGCCAAUCGUCGGCAUCUACGUGCACUGCCAUUCAGGCCUUUGGACUAUCGGCGCGCUGACGGGCUUCGGGAGCUCCCCCAUGAGAGUGACGCUGAUAACUGGGUGCCUCCGCCACCGGCAUACACAACGACAGCCGAAGCAUCCCACAGCGUCAGUCUAAGUCAUCCAAACGGUGCCCCUGUACCGGCAGGCAAUGCUGCAUCAACUCCAUCGUCUCGACGUCCAUCCAUCCCCCCUGUCCCUGCAAUACCAGCGAAUAUUCCUCUUCCACCUAUCCCAGCCUCACAUCCCUAUCAAACCCGGGUAGGAUCUCGCCAAUCUCAAUCCUCAACAGAUCUUUCCAGGCCCCCGAGUCAGAUUCAAGUCGCAUCACAUCGGAACAGCCGCCGUCCCUCCUUAGUCCACCCACUCACAUUCCCCAGCCCGGACCAAACAGUCUCAAGCCGACGAAGAAGAAGCUCAGCAGCAACAUCCCGUCCACCCUCACAAGCUCAUACACAGCCUUUGCCUCCCGUCCCCCAUUUACCCAACCAAUCUGCCUACCACGCCACCGCAGCGAUACACACUGCCAUGGCACCAUCCUCCCGUCCCUCCACGAGGCCCAACUUACGCUCCCGUCGCGCGAUCGAAAGCACCUUUGAUCUUCGCCCACCUCCAAUCGUCGACCCCUCUACAGGCCGCCGCGGCUCAGCGCCCGAAACGCACCGCUCAAGGUUACCACCUCCACCUCCGCUCUCUGGAUCCAGAGCCAAUCGUGCCAGUAUGCCCGUCUCACCAGCGCGACCCCGCGCACGCGAACGGCGGACCCUGCUACUUCCCAGACUCACAACAAUGGGCGAUGCACUGGGUCGUGUCGUCUCCCCGCAGGCGCACGAUGCAGGGUCAAUAAGCGCACCGCCGCGCACGGAUUCGCGGAUUCUGGGCGAGUAUCGUGAUGAAGGGUAUUUCCGCGGGGGUGGGCGGAGCGCGAGUCGGAUGGAAGGAGGAGGGAGGAGUGCGAGCCGUUUGGAAGGGUGGCUCAGCGGCGGUGGCAGUGGUGCCAAGGAUGUCAGUCCGAAGAAGAGGACUGGCUGCGCCGUUAUGUGAGUGAGGGAUGGUGGUGGUGAUGAUGAUGAUGAAGGUGCAAGGACUCUUCUUUUUUGUUUUUUGUUUUUUUUUUCUAUUCGAUUUAGCGUGGCGUAGGGUAUAACGGGAAUUUGGUUUUGGGAUUGGCGAUUGGAGAUUGGGGGAUGUGGAGAGGACUCGAGGCCGGCUGUGCUCACCCUUUCCCCCCCUUCGUCUUACCUUUUCCAUCCAGGGCUUAUAUACCUUCUUCCUGGUGUUUGAAGAUCUCCUGGUGUUCUUUUUCUUUUCUAGGGUUUUGGCUUCUUUCCUUCCUAGUAU